GAUAAUUUAUUAAAUAUUAAUUAUUCAAGCAUGGUUUUCAUAUAUGAAUCACAACUAACGGAAGUCAUCAUCGUUAAACUUGUGCAUUGUACAUUCAAUACUAGGUUCCUAAAGAAAAUUUGAAAAUGAACGUUUCGAAAAAUUUAAGUACAGAUAAAUUACGGUACAAAAUUAAAGUAAGCGGUCUGCCAAGAUUUUAUUCUUUAUUAGAUCCUUUGCUUCAAGAGUUUUUGAAAAUGAUCAAUGAGGAAUUGAAAUUAAAUUGCAUACACGCUAGAUACAGUAAAAAAGGAAACGCUUGGCUUUACCUCACGUUUCCAACUGAAUUCGAACAAGCGAAUGCUUUAAAGUUAUUAAAAAAAUAUAACUGGAAAGGACGUUCAUUAAUUAGUACGUUAGUUACAGCUGACACACCAAAAACUAACACAAAUUUAACAUACAUCGAAAGUAAUCAUGCGACUAAAAAACCAAAAUUAGAUAUUCCACUUAGUGAACAGGUUUUAAUGUCGACAAUUCCUUAUCAUAGUAUUGAAUAUGAAGAACAAUUAAGAAAAAAGAGUGAAGAAGCUAGAAUUUUGUUUCAACGUUUUGGAACUAUAAUUCAACGGAAACAACCACCUUUAGCUGAAUGGUGUGCUAUGCGUAAACGACAGUUAAACAGUGAUUUAGCAUUCGAGCUUUCCCCAAUCAUACAAUCAAAAAAAAUCGACCGGUACCGUAACAAAUGCGAAUGGAGCGUAGGAAUUAAUCCCGAGAACGAUUCAGUGGCCGUUGGGCUGAGAGUGAAAGACUCGAUGGACGGAAUCCACUAUGUCGGUCCGCCAGACUGCUUAAGAAAUUUGCCGAUACCAAUGAUCACGUUAGCAAAGAAGUUUGAAAAUUUUGUGAAAAACUAUGGCGGGGAUUGGAGAUUAUGGCGUAAUAUGAUAAUUCGUAUGAAUGAAGCUGGAGAAGUAAUGGUUUCAAUAGUUGUAAAUCAACUUGUGUUGGAUUUUGAAAAAUUGCCUAGUAUCAAAUGUUCAAUUUCUAAAUGGUUUAAAGAAAAUAUUACCGAAAAUGUAGUUUCUUUAUAUUUUCAAGUCUAUGGUGAAAAGGCAUUAGCUGAUUGUAUCAGUACUCCGAACGAAGCUGAAUUAUUAUGGGGACAAAAGUAUAUUAUUGAAAAGCUAUUAAGUUUAUCAUUGGAAAUCUCUCCAGCCACAUAUUUUCGUUUAAAUAGUUUAGGCGCAGAAGAAUUGUGUAAAGUGGUUGCUGAUCUCGCUGAUGUAAACGAAAAUACUACGGUUCUGGAUCUGUUUUGCGGGUCAGGAUGUUUAGCUCUUACAUUAGCCAAGAAGUGUAAACAAGUUGUGGGAAUCGAAUUAAUCAAGGCAAAUAUAUUAGAUGCAAAAAGAAAUGCAGAAAUCAACGGAAUAAAUAAUUGUGAAUUUAUAGCAGGUCGUACUGAAGAUAUUUUAGAUUCUGUUCUUGAAAAGCUUAAAGGAUGUAACGUAACUGUGAUUAUGGAUCCACCUUUAACUGGAGUCAGUCCUGGAUUAGUGAGAACUCUUCGUAAAUUUGAAGAAGCAAUCAAUUUAAUUUACGUUUGUUCUAACCAUAAAUUACCUUUGAAAAAUCUUCUGGAUUUUUCCUCGGUUGUCAGAUAUUGGCAAAAGCCAAUAGAUUCCGAUCCAUUUCUUCCCCUUCGUAUAGUUCCUAUAGAUAUGUGUCCACAUACGCUUAGGUCUGAAUUGGUUUUGCACUUCAAAAGAUUUAGCAUUGAUGAAAUAUUAUCAAUUAAAACCGACAGACCGUCCAGAGUUUAUAGUCAUAGAAAAUUUAAAACAAAAUUUCACCCUAGGACAUCAGAAACAACAUCAAAUUCUCAGCCAUCUACGUCUGGCGUUGGGGGGUUGUUGAGUUAUCUAAAAAAAAUCGAAGAAAGGGCAUUUCAAGAAGGGUUAGCUAAGGGAUUGGAAAGGAAAGCAUUUCAAAUAGGUUAUUCGAGAGGCCUUCAGUCAACCGAUAGUGAUAAUAAUACAUUUAAUAAAAAUUCUCACAUUUAUCCCGAUCAAUAAUUUAACAUCUAUACAUUAAUCAUUCAUUACAACUUACAGAUAUUUUAACUCUUUAACACAGCCGUGUAAUUUUAAAACUUCCAUAUAAUUUGUAAGAAAUAUAAUAAAUUAUUCU